ACGUCGAAGACAUGGUGCCAGCCACAGGGGCAGGCACGCGGGCCCUGGAUCAGGGGUGUGCCGCUACCCCUGCCGGUUUGGGCCCAUUACGAGUCACCAGCCCUGACCGUCUCCACGGUCGAACAGUAUGAGGAAUUAGCGGGCAGCGUUGAACUUGAAACGCAACGUUUAUUGCGUGAGCAUCGCUAUGACACCAUUGGCAAUUUCCUCAGGUUCUAUACGGACUACAUUGCAAGCGGAGAAAGUGCAUUGGAUCGAUUCUAUCGUAAAUAUCAGCCUCUAAUAACAGAAGAACACUAUACUUGUGUCGGUCUUGGAUUUGAAUUAUUACAUCGAUUGAAAGGCUUGAACAACCGAUUCCCAGGAAUAGCAAGUGGCCUCUAUUUAGUAUCUUGUGAAGAGACAAUUAUUGAUAUCGCCAGCUAUGUAGGUGGUCCACCAGCGGCAGACAGCGGUGAGAAGGAACAUGUACUAGUGUGCCUGAGAAUUGAGAUUAACGGACGCCGUGGUGUCAUGCUACUCGAUCCCGGCUACCACGUAGCGCGCGUUAUCACUGUGAUGGCCGAUAAGUUAUACCCUCACACGGGCUGGUUCACACAAUCCGAUGAGCCGACCUGCAAAAAAGAGUACAACUAUUGUCUGUGUGCUAACGAUCCUGAUUAUGUCGAGUGGCAUGAGAGGAAAACUCGUCGACCUGGUGCCUUGGAGAUGCAAGUCGCUCUCAUUUAUGUGGCAAGGCCAUAUUUAACUGCCAUUGACGUUACAGAACGUAGAAAUUUGGUUUACAAUCACAGGAGUCUCCUUGCCAGAGAUACUAAAGGCCAUGUUACCGCCGGUAUAUAUUUUCCGGUUGUAUUAGACAUGAAUAACACACAGACCUUCACAAUUUUCUACCAGACUGGUGAUGGAAAGAAGCGAAUUAAGAUGGGAUUCAAUAAAUUCUACAAUUCAUCUAAGAUGAGUCCUGACGCUGAGGAAAUGGAGAUAAUAUUGGAAUGCGCUCGACAGCUUGACAUUUCGCAGGAUGCAUUGGAGAAUAUACUCUCUGCUCUAGCCACAGUCAUGAGUGACUCGUCAUUUGUGGCGCAGCUAUUGGCUAUCGACGCGAGAAUCAACACCUUAGCAGAAGCAAAUUAACAGACGGAAAUCACUUCACCCAAAGUAGCAUCAACACAACAUUACGUUUCGUUACUUUUUUUGCCGGCUUUCCUCUUACUUUUCCUUUCUCUUUUAUUACUGCUGUAGUUUAUUAUUCAUUCUUUUAUUUUCUUUGUCUUAAGUGUGCUUUAUUACAUAUUUGUAAAUAUGCAAGAUGAAUCACGCACUUUAAAAAGUAUACCUUUUUUGAUUAUUUUAAUACUUUUAUACAUAGAAUAUGAUAUUUUUAAAAAUUGCUUUCAGAUAAGUGCAACAUAUCUACGCAAAAAUAAAAUCAUUAAUUAUUCUGUGUAUAAAACUAUUAAUUGAAAGAAAAGGCAUGUUCAAAUAAUGUGAUUCAGCUCGUAGAACAGUGUCGUUGUUUUACAAUAAAUUUCGCACAGUAACGAAAUUUUUGCAAAUUCUCUGUUGCUAUUACGUUUUCCGUGUGUAAUUCAAUGAAAACAUUAAUAAAUGCGAUCGAAUAACAUGGCUUAAAAGUAAAAUUUAAGUUUUAUGACUUUAUAUCCGCUUUUUAUCUAUAGAACAUAUACGAAGUUGAUAUUUUAUAAGCUAUUUUAUAUUGGUAUCAUUUAAAGAGUUUUUAAAUGCUUAAUUUUUUUAAUUUUAGACUGAUAUAAACUUUGCGUUCUAUUAAUAAUAUUAAUAGAUCGAUGUAAUAUUUUCAUUGAAUAAUGUUGGAACAAAUUAUAUAUUACUAUUCAUAUAUAGAAAGAACUGUUCAAUACAAUUGUAUCGGGUGGGUAUAAGAGGGAUAAUUUUGUGUUUGGUUUAGAAUAAUAUACAAUUGUAACAUUAAAUUUUAUCUUUAUUCGAAUAAAUUAUUUGAACGA